UACAUAGAAAAAUUGAUGGGAGAUUUACAAUAACCACGGCAUAAAAUGUAGCUAUGUUUUUAAUAUCCAUUAACUUGCUGAGUGUAUUCAGACUCGUUUUCUUUCCGCCUCCCUUUUACUGAAUAACUUGGGGAACAUUUGGAAAGGUGGAGAAGACAAGAAGUCAAUAGAUCUGGACCAUUUAAAUGUGGAUUUUCAGGCUGUUUUAACUUUUCUCAUAUUCAUGUGGACUUCUUUAUCACAAUGACAAGCAAGUGGACCCUCCUGAUCUUCACUUUGUUCUUUUCCCUUGUCAUGGGCGAAGUGGAGACAAAAUGUUCUCAUGGGUAUUCAGAGGCUUCUGAAGGCUGCGUUGAUGUUGAUGAAUGUGACAUGAUGCCUGAUAUCUGUGGAAAACAUGCAACUUGUACUAACACGAAUGGCAGCUUCUCCUGCCAGUGUACUGAUGGUUUUGAAUCUAAAUCACCCAUAUCACCUGGAUCAUCUAUAACAUGUGAAGAUGUUGAUGAAUGUGACAUGAUGCCUGAUAUCUGUGGAAAAAAUGCAACUUGUACUAACACAGCAGGCAACUACUCCUGCCAGUGUACUGAUGGUUUUGAAUCUAAAUCACCUAUAUCACCUGGAUUACCUAUAACAUGUCAAGACAUAAAUGAAUGUAUGACCACCAUCAACAUCUGUGGACCUAAUGCAACAUGUAACAACACAAUGUCGCAUUAUUUCUGCAUCUGUCAAAACGGCUUCAACACCUCUACUGGAGUCAAAGAAUUUAAUCAUAGUGACAAUGUGACAUGCAGAGAUAUUGAUGAAUGUCAGCAAGACAACAUUUGUGGUCUGAAUGCAUCAUGUUUAAACACACAAGGCAGUUUUUACUGUGUCUGUAAUCCUGGCUUCAGACUGAAAUCUGGCAAAUCUAACUUCACUGAUGAUUCAGAGCAAUGCCAAGAACUGAACUGUGAUAUGUUCAAAGAUGUGAACAAUCUGAGAGAGACACUUGCCAUUGCACAGGAUUAUUUCAUGCAGCUGAAUAAAACCUGUCACAAUCUCACAGAAAGCAAGAAUCCAAAAGAGAUGGAUGGAGAGGACUUACUAAAGGGUCUGAUGUCCACAGUCGAUGAACUCUUGUUCAGUAGAGCUCUCAAUGGAAAAAAGAAAAUCUCCACUUUUCUGGACUUAAUGGAGCAUGCCCUGAGGCUUAUAGGACCUUUUCUUUCAACCCCAGUAACAAAAAGAUCCUCCAUUUACACAGAAAUGGAGUUGUUGGUAGAAAAAGGGUCAGUCCUGCCAAAAGGAACAAGGACUUUAUCAUCUACGCAUGCUCAACUAGACAUUGACUUGGAAGUGGCUGCAGGAGAUCCCUCCCAUUACCCUGGCUUCACAACAGUAUUAUUACUAAGUUAUUCAAACCUGGAAGAAUAUGCAGAUGGCUUCUUUAGUGCGAUGAAAUCAGAUGAGAAGCAAAGUUAUAAGAUAAACUCCAAAGUGGUUACUGUCACAGUCAGUAACAGAAACACCAGGCACCUAAAAGAGCCAAUCAUUUUAACUUUGCACCACCUUGAACAGUCAAAUGAAACUUCUCACACCUGUGUGUUCUGGGAUUCUUCAGAGAAUGAGGGGACAUGGUCAUCUCAUGGCUGCAGUGUUGUGGAGUCUAACUUGAAAUACACUGUUUGUUCCUGUAACCACCUGAGCAGCUUUGCUGUGCUCAUGGCCCUCUAUGAGGUUGAGAACAAGUUUGAGUUGCAGCUGAUUACCUUGUUGGGCCUCUCCCUUUCAUUAAUUUGUCUGUUCAUCUGCAUCCUGACGUUCUCAUUGAUCCGCUCCAUUCAAGGCCCAAGAACCACCAUCCACCUGCACCUUUGCAUCAGCCUCUUCAUUGCUAUCCUUAUAUUUCUUGCAGGCAUUUCUCAGACGGAGAACAGGGUUGGCUGUGCAGUGGUAGCAGGGAUGCUGCAUUUUUUUUACCUGGCAGCAUUUUGCUGGAUGUGUCUGGAAGGCAUACAGCUCUUUAGGAUGGUAGUCCUGGUCUUUAACACCAACUUUAAAACCCUCUACAUGAUGGCCGGUGGCUACGGAGUCCCAGCUGUAAUUGUUGCUAUCUCUGCAUUAGUUAAUGCUAAAGGAUAUGGCACUGAGAAAUAUUGUUGGCUAAACCUGGAAUCCAUUUGGAGUUUCUUUGGCCCUGCCUGUGUCAUCAUCUUUGUGAACAUUUUUUUCUUUCUCAUCACUGUGUGGAAGUUGGCACAGAAGUUUUCAAGUUUGAAUCCAGACCUGGACAGCUUGCAGAAAAUAAAGGCGUUCACCAUUACUGCAGUGGCUCAGCUCUGCAUACUCGGCACUAUGUGGAUCUUCGGUUGUUUCCAGUUUGAGAAGGGCACUAUCGUCAUGUCUUACCUGUUCACCAUCUUUGGCAGCCUUCAGGGGGUUACGUUGUUUGUCAUGCACUGUCUGUUUUCUAAACAGGUGAGAGAGGAGUAUGAAAGAAUCCUGUCUCGAAUCUGUGCUCCUCAGAAGAAGAAAUAUUCAGAGUUCAGUUCCCACUCCAGCAAAGAAAAUGGAUCCAAAAGCACCCAGGACACAAAAGAGUCUCACAUUUGAGGAGAUGAACCAGAACUGGAGACAAAACUCUGAUUGACUAAAGACUGGUAUUUCAGACGUGGUGUCAUCUUCUGUCCUCUCAUAGCCACUGCACCAACUUGUUGUACUACAACAUUUUGUAAAUAAUGAGCAAGUCUGUGUAUUUUAAGAUAAUGGAUUAACUAUUGGAUCUAAAAAAAAACAUUCCACUGUUUUAUUAUGCUAACAUAUUAUGUUUAUUUUGUGUAUUCAUACUAUAUAUAAAAGUCCUGCAUAUUUUCAUAUUUUAAGAAAGCUAUUACCUUGACUCAUAUUUAAAAUGU